UCUUUUCUGUGACUGUUGUGACAAAGACCAAAUGUAUGUUGUCCUCCAGGGUGACAUUCAGCAGCUACUGAUGGUGACGGACCCCAAAGCCGCCUAUGACUACUGUGAACACUUGAGUCCAGACUGUGAUGCUCCCCACUGGGACUCACCACAAGCUCAGGAACCCGAGGAAGAGUACACCACAGACUACACCGAGUACUAUGACUAUGGGGAAUCGGACCUAACUGCGGCUGAGCAUCCAACAGAGGAGACUAGCACAGUGACAAAGAAGAUACAGGAGCAGCCAGGAACAGCUGAUGAGGAGUAUUACACUGAUAAUGAAUUUGCCUACGAUGCAUUAGCUGGUUCUGAAUCUCCAACUAAAAUAACCACACCCAAUAAGGAAACAGGCUAUGAGGAGGAAGGUGUUGACUACAUCACAGGACUGGAUGAAGUGGCGGUAGAGAAUCCCACAGUCACUCAGACCAUGCCUGUGAAGACUGCUCAGUCUAAAGGCACACAGGACCCUGCCAACUAUGACUUUAAAGAGUAUGACCUUAAUGAAUAUGACUCAAAGGAUCUGGAGAGCGUGGACACAUAUCAGUAUGGAGCAUAUGAUGGACAUGAUGCAUAUGAGAAGAAGACUGACAUCUCCCCAGAAGAGAGUGAAUUUGGUGUCCCUGCUGUAACAGAUUUUACAGAAAGUGCUGUUUCGAGAGGUGGUGGAGAAAAGGGAGAAAAGGGGGAGCCAGCUGUGAUUGAGCCAGGAAUGCUUAUAGAGGGAGCCCCAGGGCCAGCAGGCCCCGCUGGUCUCCCUGGAACUCCAGGCUUGCAAGGACCUCCAGGUCCCCAUGGAGAUGCUGGGAAUAGGGGUCCUCCUGGGCGGCCUGGACUUCCAGGUGCUGAUGGGAUCACUGGGACUCCCGGAACUCUCCUGAUGCUGCCGUUUCGUGCUGGUGGAAAUCCUUCUAAAGGACCUGUUAUCAGCGCCCAACAGGCGCAAGCACAGGCCAUUUUGUCCCAAGCAAGCCUUUCCAUGAGAGGCCUUCCUGGACCAAUUGGUCUCUCAGGAAGAUCUGGACCAUUAGGUGGUCCAGGGACCCCUGGCCGAAAAGGUGACUCCGGACUAUAUGGACCCCAGGGACCAAGAGGUAUCCAAGGUCCUACUGGCCUACCUGGGAAAGCAGGAAAACGAGGUCGUGGAGGGGCUGAUGGUGCCAGAGGUGCACCAGGAGAGUCAGGUGGAAAGGGUGAUCGUGGAUUUGAUGGACUACCUGGGCUUCCUGGUAACAAGGGACACAGGGGUGAACAUGGUACCACUGGCCCACCUGGUCCUCCAGGAGAGGAUGGACCCAGAGGAGAGGAUGGAGAACUUGGGCCCAGAGGAAUGCAAGGAGAGAGUGGUCCAAGAGGACUGUUAGGUCCUAGAGGCUCUCCUGGUACACUUGGACAGCGGGGUCUCCCAGGACUGGAUGGUCAAGCUGGACCCAAAGGAAAUAUGGGUGUACAAGGAGAGCCAGGAAAUGCUGGACAGCAGGGUAUCCCUGGUCCACAAGGACUGCCAGGCUCACAAGGCCCCAUUGGUCCACCUGGUGCCAAAGGUCCUCAUGGUCAACAAGGAUUACUAGGAUUGGCUGGUGCAGAUGGCCCCCCUGGACAUCCUGGAAAAGAGGGUCCUCAUGGAGAAAAAGGAGGACUUGGUCACUCUGGUCCUCAAGGUUCUAUUGGCUAUCCAGGGCCUCGUGGAGUUAAGGGAGCAGAGGGUGUACGAGGCAUGAAAGGUGGCAAAGGAGAGCCGGGGGAGGAUGGUUUCCCUGGGUUCAAAGGUGACAUGGGUCUUACGGGUGAGAAGGGAGAACUGGGUGUCCUUGGGCUCCGGGGAGAAGACGGCCCUGAGGGACCAAAGGGCAAAUCAGGACCCAGUGGAGAGUCAGGUCCAGUAGGCUUGGCUGGAGAAAAGGGCAAACUUGGUGUUCCAGGGUUACCUGGCUACCCUGGAAGACAGGGUCUCAAGGGUUCCAGUGGUUUUCCUGGAUUUGCCGGAUCUAACGGAGAGAAGGGAACCAGGGGUGGUGCUGGCAAGUCUGGUCCAAGGGGGCAACGUGGUCCAACGGGGCCACGGGGUGGAAGAGGUGCCAGAGGGCCAACAGGAAAACCAGGUGCAAAGGGUUCCUCUGGGAAUGAUGGUCCUCCUGGUGGUUUGGGAGAAAGAGGUCUACAAGGUCCUCAAGGACCAGUGGGAGGGCCAGGUCCUAAGGGCCCAAGUGGACCUGCUGGAAAAGAUGGACUACCUGGUCACCCUGGACAGAGAGGAGAGACAGGCUUCCAAGGCAAAACUGGACCACCUGGGCCAGGCGGUGUCAUUGGGCCCCAGGGCUCUACGGGAGAGACGGGGCCUGUGGGUGAAAGGGGACAUCCGGGCUCUCCAGGACCUCCUGGUGAGCUAGGUCUUCCCGGAGCCGCUGGAAAGGAGGGUGGAAAGGGAGAUCCAGGUCCUCAGGGAGGAGGUGGGAAAGUCGGACCCUCUGGACUGAAGGGAUUCUCUGGGCAGAGGGGCCUCUCUGGGGCCGUGGGGAUAGGUGGUCUGAAGGGAGGGGAAGGUCCACAAGGACCAUCUGGCGUUUCUGGAUUAUCGGGAGAACGAGGGGCAGCAGGUCCAGGAGGGCCCAUUGGCCUCUCAGGACGUACAGGCCCCCAAGGAGGUCCAGGUCCAGCUGGAGAAAAGGGCGGGCCGGGUGAGAAAGGUCCUAUGGGCCCUGCUGGUCGCGAUGGAAUACAGGGUCCAGUUGGUCUGCCAGGGCCUGCCGGUCCUCAAGGCCCACCUGGGGAAGAUGGAGAUAGGGGAGAAGUUGGUGGACCAGGUCAAAAGGGAGGCAAGGGCUUAAAGGGAGAGCAUGGUCCUCCUGGUGCUGCAGGUCUCCUUGGUGUACUUGGAGCGCCUGGUCCAGCUGGUAGUGAUGGUGAAUCUGGACCAAGGGGUCAGCAGGGCAUGUUUGGCCAGAAAGGAGAUGAAGGAUCGCGAGGAUUUCCAGGCCUUCCAGGCCCUGUUGGAUUACAGGGUCUACCGGGGCCACCAGGAGAGAAGGGGGAGAAUGGGGAUGUUGGUCCAAUGGGCCCUCCAGGUCCACAUGGUCCAAGAGGUCCCCUGGGUCCUGGUGGAGCUGAUGGUGCACCUGGACUUCAAGGAGGUAUCGGUCCAAUGGGAGGCAAUGGAGAGAAGGGAGAGACUGGCGAAGCUGGAAACCCGGGACCCUCAGGAGAGACUGGAAUAGGAGGGCUAAGGGGUGAUAUAGGGGAGAAAGGAGAAGCCGGUACCCCAGGACCUGCUGGACCUCCAGGUUUGAGGGGUCCUCCGGGAGACGAUGGCUCCAAAGGCAAUAUUGGUCCUUCUGGCUUUCCUGGAGAUUCAGGUCCCCCUGGCGAACCUGGUGUUGCUGGACUUGAUGGUUUGUCAGGAGACAAGGGAGAUGACGGAGAAGCAGGCCAACCUGGACCGUCUGGUCCAUCGGGUGAAGCAGGACCCCCAGGGACUCCAGGUAAAAGGGGGCCUGCCGGGCCUGCGGGGAAACAAGGAAAGCAAGGAGAGAAGGGAUCAAAGGGUGAAGCUGGUCCUGAGGGACAUAUUGGAAAAAUUGGUCCGGUUGGUGCCCAGGGUCCAUCUGGAAAGCCUGGUUCAGAGGGCCUUCGUGGUAUCCCUGGCUCUGUGGGUGAACAAGGACUCCCUGGUACUUCUGGUAAAGAUGGGCCCCCAGGACCUAUGGGCCCACCUGGUCUCCUUGGUUUGCGGGGUGACCCAGGUUUGAAAGGAGAAAAGGGUCAUCCAGGUCUGAUUGGGUUGAUUGGUCCACCAGGAGAGCACGGUGAGAAGGGAGACCGUGGGUUACCUGGUCCACAAGGAGCAGGUGGAGGAAAGGGAGAGACUGGUCUUGGUGGAGGUUUUGGUCCUCUUGGCCCCCCUGGUCCCCCUGGUAUUCCUGGACCGUUGGGAUCGAAGGGAUCGAAGGGAUCAGCCGGUUCCGGUGGCCAGAAGGGAGAGCCAGGCAUGAUUGGACCCCCAGGUCCUCCUGGUCCUGCUGCAGAUGUCAUCCAGCCCCUACCCAUACAAUCUGCAGGAAAAUCAAGAAGAUCCUCUGAUAUUCAGGGGGAUGAAGAGGCUGCAGGCAUGGCGGACUACGGUCUAGAGGGGCAGGAGGGCUUGGAGAAUGUAUUUGAAUCCCUAAAGAACCUCAAACAGAAUGUCGAGAACAUUAAAUUUCCUUUGGGCACCCAGGACCACCCAGGAAGGACCUGUAAAGACUUGCAUCUUAGCCAGCCAGACUUUCCUGAUGGUGAAUAUUGGAUUGAUCCAAAUAUGGGAUGCACAGGAGAUUCCUUCAAAGUCUACUGUAACUUCACAGCAGGUGGUGAAACUUGCGUCAGUCCUGACAGGAAGUCCACAGGGGCUAGAAUUUCUUCAUGGCCAAAAGAAUCUCCAGGGUCAUGGUUCAGCGAAUUUAAGCGUGGAAAAAUUCUGUCCUAUGUGGAUGUGAUGGAGAACCCCAUAAACACGGUUCAGAUGACAUUCCUAAAACUUCUCAGUGCAUCUGCCCGACAGAACUUUACUUACAUGUGCCAUCAGUCAGUCGCAUGGUAUGAUGCUAAAACUGAUAGCUAUGACAAGGCUCUCCGCUUCCUUGGCUCCAAUGAUGAAGAGAUGUCCUAUGACAACAACCCCUUCAUCAAGACCCUCUCAGAUGGCUGCUCGCUGAGACAAGGCUUCUCCAAGACGGUAAUGGAGAUCAACACCCCACGAAUUGACCAACUACCAAUUAUCGACAUCAUGCUGAAUGACUUUGGGGAUGCUAACCAGCGAUUUGGGUUUGAAGUGGGGCCUGUCUGUUUCUUUGGCUAAAGAGUAUCAUGUCAUUCUCACAAUGCUGUACAGGAAGACAAACCACUGCCACCUUGACCACAUGUAUGGCUUGUCUUGAGGAAACCGGUGGAGAGAGUGUGCUGAUGUAUUAUUUUUAUUGUUUUUAUUAUUUUUAUAAUUUUUUUUUUAUUGUAGUUUUUUAUGUGGGAAGUUCAUUGCCCUUGUAGGGCAACUUAAAGAAAGGGUGAUGGAGGACCAUCAUUUCAAAGAGCAACGGACAAUUGAUACACAUCGGAAACCCUCAAAAUCCCUUCACUUUUGUUCUCAAGCCUUUCUCCCUAAUUUUUUUGGUAGGUAAUCUAUGUGUAGAAGGUGCUAUUGAAUGUGCUUUUGACAAAUGUGUUUUUUUUUUUUUUUUUUUUGCAAUACUGUUUUGUGAAGGAGAUUUUAGACUGCAUGGUUUUUGUUUUGACAUAUAUUUGUCAUAUGGAUGUUUGUAAUAGCCAUGGAAAAACCAUUUUCCAUUGGCCCAAAGCCAAUUAAUCUCUUUUUACAAAAAGUCUUUUGUAAAUAUUGGAUACAUUCGGCUAGAAAUUAAUUCAUAUAUGUAGGAUUGGCCAUAAUUAAUCUACAAAGUUAUUUGUUAAUCAUGAUCUAUGUCAUCUGAUGACAUAGAAAAUGAAAUAUUUUGUGAUGAAAAGUGCAUAAUUAUUAAAAUGUGAUUGUGAA